AAAAAAAAAAGCGGGGACUCGGUAGCCGUUGCUCGUAGAUAGACCUAGCUUGGACCAAGGCUCCUUAGGGUCCAGAACUGGGAGGAGGACAUCAGGACAGAGCUCGUUGCGGUCGUUACGAUGAUGGUGGCCGCAAGUGCUUUCCUCACUCCCGCUUCCUGCCCCCGUUUACGCCCACUUCCCGCGGCGCACAUCCUCUUCUACUGCAUCAACAACAGAAACCCUAAAUCCGGCAACCGGAGCUUUAAAGCUCCCUCGCCCUCCCCCUCAGUUACUCUCCACCCUUCUUCACCUCUGAUCCGUCGUCCAAUUCAUCACCAACAUUCGUUGAAUCCAUCCUCUCAUUCCUCCAUCUGGAGACUCUUCUGUAACCAAACCCUAUCUGUGGACGCGGAGGUUGGAGAGAAGUUUGAAAUUGAGGCUGGGGAAGGGGUCCGGAAGUUCAAGAAGCGGCUAAGGAUCGUAGAUGUGAGGGGUGGACCAGAUGAAGGGUUGGACAGCAUAGGGCAGAGCAUCACGAUCAGGGGAUGGGUUCGAACUUGCCGCGUCCAGAGCAUCGUUACAUUUAUCGAGGUAAAUGAUGGUUCAUGCUUAUCCAACAUACAAUGUGUGGUCAAUUCAUCUUCCGAGGGCUACAAUGAGGUAGAAACUGGCAGUGUUGGAAUUGGUGCAUCCGUGCUAAUAGAAGGAACUUUGGUCAGAAGUGAAGGAUCUAAGCAGAAAGUGGAGCUAAAAGUGGCGAGGCUUGCAGUGAUUGGGAAAAGUGAUCCUUCAGCUUAUCCUAUCCAAAAGAAGAGAGCAAGCAGAGAAUUUUUGCGAACAAUAGCUCACUUUCGUCCACGAACAAAUACGUUUGGUGCGAUUACAAGAGUGAGGAAUGCCUUGGCGUAUGCAACACACAAGUUUUUCCAGGAAAAUGGAUUUGUUUGGAUCUCAACCCCUAUUAUUACUGCAUCAGACUGUGAAGGUGCUGGAGAACAAUUUUGCGUUACUACAUUGGAUUUCUUUGGAAAACCAGCGUUUUUGACCGUAUCCGGCCAACUGAAUGCCGAAACAUAUGCAUCUGCCCUAUCCGAUGUUUACACAUUUGGUCCUACCUUUAGGGCAGAAAACUCAAACACCUCAAGGCAUUUGGCUGAAUUUUGGAUGAUUGAACCUGAACUUGCUUUUGCUGAUUUGAAUGAUGACAUGGCAUGCGCCACUGCCUAUCUCCAGUAUGUAGUAAAGUAUGUCCUUGAGAACUGCAAAGAAGAUAUGGACUUUUUUGACACAUGGAUUGAGAAGGGAAUUGUCAAUAGAUUAAGGGAUAUAGUGGAAAAAGAUUUCAUUCAGUUGACUUAUACCGAUGCCGUUGAACUUCUCCUUAAAGCAGAAAGGAAAUUUGAAUUCCCUGUAAAGUGGGGUACAGAUUUGCAAAGUGAGCAUGAAAGAUACAUCACCGAAAAUGCUUUUGGUGGUCGCCCGGUGAUAAUUAGAGAUUAUCCUAAGGAUAUCAAAGCAUUUUAUAUGAGGCUAAAUGAUGACGGGAAAACAGUUGCAGCAAUGGAUGUGUUGGUUCCUCGGGUCGGAGAGCUCAUUGGUGGAAGCCAAAGGGAAGAACGCCUUGAAUAUCUGGAAAGACGCCUCGAUGAGUUGAAUCUCCCGAAGGAGAGCUAUUGGUGGUAUCUUGAUAUUCGUCGUUUUGGUUCAGUUCCUCAUGCAGGCUUUGGAUUAGGGUUCGAACGACUGGUACAGUUUGCCACUGGGAUGGAGAACAUAAGGGAUGUGAUUCCAUUUCCUCGGACGCCUGGUUCUGCUGAAUUUUAAUGCGCGGUAUGAAGAUCCCAACAACUUGUAAUCUUUUUAAUUUUUUUUCCUCCACAAAUUCUUCUGAAAUUUAGAGGGCAUUUGUGAUUGUGUAAAUUUCUGUUUUGCAUUUCAGUUGAGAAAAUUAUCUUGUCUGCUUCUUCAUUUUAUUAAGAGUAUUUUAUUACAAUAAAGUAUUUGUAGAAAGAAGCCCAUUAUUGUCUAUUUGAAUAGAAUCAUUUGAGUGCUUAUUUCA